AUGCUUUUCAUAUUAUCAGGGCUUCUUCAUUUCUGCUCAGGAGAUGUUGGCACAGCAGGCCAAUAUGCGCCCCCAUAUCUGCCAACUGCCUGCUACGGCAACGAUCUGUCAAAGUUCCCAUCAAACAAUUUAUUCGCGUCAGCCGGAGAUGGGCUAUGGGACAAUGGAGCAGCGUGCGGCAGGCAGUACUUUGUCAGGUGCUUGAGCGCAGAGACUCCGGGGAUAUGCAAACCUGGUCAGAUCAUAAAAGUGAAUAUUGUGGAUAAAGCCUCUAGGAAUGGAGUGAUCCUUGUUCUUUCUACUAUUGCAUUUGGGGCUAUUGCUAAUCCUUCUGCUGCUUGGGUUAAAAUAGAGUAUGCAGAGGCUUGAGGGAGGGAGCUUUUUGAAGAUCGGGCUGGGUUUGCGAUGAGGGAGAAGGCUCUGUUUUUUCUUAAUGCUUUUGGAAGGGGGUGAGUGGUUUUGUGUUUUUCCUCAUUUGUUUUGGAUCUUUUUGUAAGGGGUGAGUGUCUCUGUACCGAAAUUCUGUGGGUCGCUUCAAGGCAAUACAAUCCUUUUGCUCAUCGUUCACAAAUAAAUAAAUAAAAAUGUCUGAGGAGCUGCCUUUUUGUUAUUGAGGUUUCCAUUCUAUGUUUUUAGC